AUGAAAUCACACAUAGCACAUGAAAUGGAGCUUCAUCUUGGUGCAUCCAAUUCUCUAUCAUCUGAACAAAUAUCCCCUCUCUUAACCAAUGGAAGGGAGGAUUCUCAAAAUCUAAAACAUUUGCAGGAAACUAAUAAAGAAUUACCAAAGUUUUUGGAUUAUGCUUCCUAUCUUAUUCAUUUGGCUGUUUUUGGUAUUCUUGGGGUAUUAACUAGAUAUACAUUGGACAAAUUAUUUGGCCCUAGUGUUGGUCAUGUGACUAGUGACCUAACCAUUCUUUAUCUUGACCUGCCUUCUAAUAUGGUUGGUUCGUUUCUGAUGGGUUGGUUUGGUGUUGUAUUCAAACAAGACAUAUCAAAUAUGUCUGAGUAUCUGGCUGUUGCAGUGACAACUGGUUACUUGGGGAGUCUAACAACGUUUAGUGGCUGGAAUCAGAAAAUGCUCGAACUCGGUGUUACUGGAAAUUGGCUCUUUGUUGUGCUUGGUUAUCUAAUAGGGAUUUUUCUUGUCGCCUUUUCGAUCAUAUUCGGUAUAGAAACAGCUAAGGGCUUCAGGUGGCUUCUCAGAAUGUCAAACAUCAAGGCUAAGGUGGAAAGUUUCAAGAAUCACUUGGUGGUUAUGGCGGUGUUAUUGCUGGUUUUAGGCUUUUUAUGGUGUGUUAGUGGCGUGUUGAUGAUAUCUGAGUUUAAGAAUGAUGAAAAUUCUUUUCUGUGGAUUGCUUGCAUAGUUGGACCUGUUGGUGUGUGGAUUAGGUGGCUUUUGGCCCCAUUGAAUAGACAUGGAUUAGGAUCAGCAGGUUUGUUGGAUUGGAUUCCAUUUGGAACUCUGAUUGCAAAUGUCUCUGCUGCUUGUAUCAUGGCUGCACUUGCAACAACAAAAAUAUAUGUGAACACCAGAGAUUGUGAUAUUAUCAUAAAAGGCAUACAGUUUGGUUUGUUAGGUUGUUUGAGUACUGUCUCUACCUUUGUUGCUGAGUUCCAUGAAAUGAGAGAAAGCAUGCAUCCUUGGAGAGCAUAUGUUUAUACUCUAAUCACAAUAUGUUCCUCAUUCUUUUUAGGGAUCUUAAUAUUCUGUAUACCUAUUUGGAGAAUAGAUCACGGAUUGCGCAAUUUCGAGAACUAG